AGGAAGGAGGCCGUGCCGGGCUGCGCUUGCGCAGGGAGGGGGGCGUCUCUGGACGCUGGUUCGAGUCCCGGCGGUGCCGGCCUGUUGUGGCGGCCGCCGCGUCCCGCAGCCCGGCGAUGGAGGCGGCGCCGGAUCAGGGCGUCCGCUCCGCGGGAGCGGAGGCCGAGCCGUGCCCGGAGCCGCCCGCGCACCGGCUGAGCGCGGCGGAACUCGACCGCGAGCUGGACUCACGCAGCGAGCUGAUUGAUGACAAAGAAUUCGACAUUCCUCAAGUUGAUACCCCUCCAACACUGGAGAGCAUCUUAAAUGAGACUGAUGAUGAAGAGGAGUCUUUCAUUUUGGAGGAUCCCUUUCUUUUGAACAUUGAUAACACAGAUACACACUCCUAUGACACAUCUUCUGUAGCAAGCUCUGACAGCGGGGACCGGACACACCUGAAAAGGAAGAAAAAACUCCCAGAUUCUCUCUCACUCCAUGGAUCAGUUAUACGUCUCUCGCUUCUGAAAGGAAUUUCUACCCAAAUAGUGUCUGCAGCAGACAAAGUGGAUGCUGGCUUGCCCACAGCAAUUGCAGCAUCAAAUCUGAUAGCAGUGGGGACUUCCCAUGGGUUAGCACUGAUAUUUGGAAAAGAUCAAAACCAGGCACUUCGGCUGUGUCUGGGCAGCACUGCUGUUGGGGCCCAGUAUGGGGCUGUCUCUGCUCUCAGUAUCAACAAUGACUGUUCGAGACUCCUGUGUGGCUUUGCAAAAGGACAGAUCACAAUGUGGGAUCUGGCCAGUGGGAAGCUGCUACGAUCAAUAACAGAUGCCCACCCACCAGGAACAGCCAUUUUGCAUAUCAAGUUUACAGAUGACCCAACGCUUGCAAUUUGCAAUGACAGCGGAGGCUCCGUAUUUGAACUGUCAUUUAAGAGGGUUAUGGGAGUGAGAACGUGUGAAUCUCGAUGUCUCUUCAGUGGCUCAAAGGGGGAAGUUUGCUGUAUUGAACCAUUACAUACAAAACUUGAGCUGAGAGACCAUCCUAUCACCCAAUAUUCACUGCUGGCCAUGGCCUCCCUAACAAAGAUACUGGUUAUUGGCCUGAAGCCGUCUCUGAAAGUGUGGAUGACCUUUCCCUAUGGUCGUAUGGACCCUUCUAGUGUCCCUCUUCUGGCGUGGCACUUUGUGGCUGUACAGAACUCUGUGAACCCCAUGCUUGCAUUUUGUCGAGGAGACGUCGUUCAUUUUCUUCUGGUAAAGAGAGAUGAUACUGGUGCAAUACAUGUCACUAAGCAGAGGCAGCUUCAUCUACACUAUGACCUCAUCAACUUUACUUGGAUAAACUCACGGACAGCAGUGCUUCUGGACAGUGUAGAGAAGCUGCAUGUUAUAGAUCGUCAGACACAGGAGGAGCUGGAGACCAUAGAGAUACCAGAAGUUCAGCUAGUCUACAACAGCAGCCACUUCAAAUCGCUGGCUACGGGAGGCAAUGUCAGCGAAGCUCUGGCAUUGGUUGGAGAGAAAGCUUGUUAUCAGUCCAUCAGCAGCUGUGGUGGCCAGAUCUUUUACCUUGGAACUAAGUCUGUUCAUGUCAUGACAUUGAGAAGCUGGAGAGAGAGAGUUGACCACCUGCUGAAACAAGAGCGUCUCACAGAUGCCCUGGCUCUAGCUUGGUCUUUUUAUGAAGGUAAAGCAAAGGCUGUAGUAGGCUUGUCUGGGGACACAAGCAAGCGGAAAGCAGUCAUUGCAGACAGAAUGGUUGAAAUCCUUCUCCAUUAUGCUGAUCGGACUUUGAAGAAAUGUCCUGACCAAGGAAAAAUUCAGGUUAUGGAGCAACAUUUUCAGGAUGUGGUGCCUGUCAUAGUUGAUUACUGUCUUUUACUCCAGCGCACGGAUCUAUUAUUUAACCAGAUAUAUGAUAAGAUGAGUGAGAAUUCUGUAGCUAAAGGCAUCUUUCUGGAGUGCUUGGAGCCAUAUAUCUUAAGUGAUAAGCUGAUGGGGAUCACAGCUCAAGUGAUGAAAGACUUGCUGCUUCACUUCCAAGACAAGAACAGGUUGGAAAAUUUGGAAGCCUGCAUUGUACAUAUGGAUGUCACCAGCUUAGACAUACAGCAGGUAGUUCUUCUAUGCUGGGAAAAUCAUCUCUAUGAUGCCAUGAUCUAUGUCUACAACAGUGGGAUGAAUGACUUCAUUAGUCCCAUGGAGAAGCUGUUCAAAGUCAUUGCUCCUCCACUGAAUGCUGGGAAGUCUCUCACAGAUGAGCAGGUGAUAAUGGGCAACAAGCUGCUUGUAUAUAUAAGCUGCUGCUUGGCAGGCCGUGCAUAUCCAUUGGGUGAUAUUCCUGAGGAUCUGGUACCUUUAGUUAAAAAUCAGGUCUUUGAAUUUCUCAUCCGGCUGCAUUCAACUGAGGGAUCUGCGGAUGAAGAGGUCUACCCUUAUGUUCGUACCUUGCUACACUUCGACACUCGGGAAUUCCUUAAUGUUCUUGCUCUGACUUUUGAAGACUUUAAGAAUGACAAACAAGCUGUGGAAUAUCAACAGAGAAUUGUGGACAUACUUCUGAAAGUCAUGGUAGAGAAUUCUGACUUCACUCCAUCACAGGUUGGCUGUCUCUUUACCUUCCUUGCCCGUCAGCUUGCCAAGCCCAACAACACGUUGUUUGUGAACAGGACACUUUUUGACCAGGUCCUUGAAUUUCUGUGCAGUCCGGAUGAUGACUCCCGCCAUUCAGAAAGGCAACAGGUCCUUUUAGAAUUGCUCCACGCAGGAGGGAUAGUACAGUUUGAAGAGAGCCGUCUUAUCCAAAUGGCAGAAAAAGCUGAAUUCUAUCAGAUUUGCGAGUUCAUGUAUGAACGAGAGCUUCGCUAUGACAAAAUAAUUGGCUGUUACCUGCAUGAUCCAGUGAGAAAGGAAGAAGUUUUCAACUAUAUUCACAACAUCCUGUCCAUGCCUGGCUACAGUGCUGAAGAAAAGCAGUCGGUGUGGCAGAAAGCUUUGGAACAUAUAGAGGAGUUGCUGUUGCUGAGUCCAUGUAAAGCAGCUGACUUGGUAGCUAUUCACUUCAGUGAGCAGAUUGAGAGCAUCAUUACAAACCUUCAGGACCAGUUCUUACUCUUCCAGUUUCUGAGGAGUCUCCUUGAUCCGAGAGAAGGCAUUAACCAAGACCUGAUACACUUACCGCCCGGCAUCACUGAGCAGUUCAUUGAGCUGCUGUGUCAGUACAGCCCAGACCAGGUUUUGGAGACACUUAAAGUUCUGGAAUACUGCAGACUGGAAGAAACCAUCCAGAUAACCCAGAAACAUCAGCUCCAUGAAGCUUCUUCAUAUUUACUGGAGAAGAAGGGAGAUAUCCAUGGUGCUUUUUUGGUUAUGCUUGAGCGAUUGCAGAGCAAGUUGCUGAUGCUUACGCAAGAUGAUGAAAGCUCAGCUGAACUCCCUUUGCUAGAAAACAUUGAAGAUACCUUAGUGAAAACAAUUGCCCUUUGCCAGAGAAAUUCACACAAUUUAGACCAGCAACAGCGAGAGGCCCUCUGGUUUCCCCUGCUGGAGGCUAUGAUGUCCCCACAGAAAUUAUCUGGUUCUUCACAGUGUCAAUACUCCGAAUCUUUGAAGAGUUUGACAAUGCAAGUGCUGAACAACAUGGCUGCAUUUAUCGCUCUUCCUUCAAUCCUGCAGAGAAUUCUACAGGAUCCAGUUUAUGGAAAAGGGAAACUUGGAGAAAUUCAAGGACUUGUCCUGGGAAUGCUGGACACUUUUAAUUAUGAACAAACCCUUUUAGAGACAACUACGAAUCUUUUAAACCAUGAUCUCCACUGGUCCCUGUGUAACCUAAGAGCUUCUGUCACUAGAGGGCUUACUCCAAAGCAGGAUUACUGCUGCAUUUGUCUACAGCAGUACAAAAGGCGGCAAGAAACUGCUGAUGAAAUCAUUGUUUUCAGCUGUGGCCACUUGUACCAUUCGCUGUGUCUGCUGAGUAAAGAGUGCGGGACGGUAACUAAAGGCUUGAUGAGGUGGAUGUGCUAUAAAUGCAACUCAAGUAACAAGGGGGGAAAACUGAGUGAGAACUUCUCAGAGCUAAAAAAAGGAAGUGGAGCAUCCUUGGCACAGACCACAGGUCCUGGUUUGCCUGCCGCUGCUGGCCCCAGUGGUACCGGCUGCCGCUGCAUCCAAACAGGAGCAGGCAGGGCCUGGCCUGCUGCCAGGGGUUUCGCUCCUGUGUGUGCUAGCAGAGGCAAGUUCAGAGUCUCUGUUGGAUCCUCAGCAAAUCCAAGCUUUUGACCAACUCUGCCGACUCAACCGAGGAACCUCCAGAUUAGCUCUCCUGACAGAACUGUCUCGUGGCCACAGUGGUGAAAAGCACGGGCUGCUCAGCAUUUCCCACGGUGACCCGGCCACCAGCAGUGUCUUCCAGAACGAGAACUUCAAGCUCCAUCUGGCCCCCCCUCCGCUGGCUGAAGAUUAGCGCUCCUGCCUCCAGCUGCAGCAAGGCCACAGUUGGUUUCAGGUCUUGGUGCUGGGAAGCGUUUCCAUCACAACACUGGACUUUCCCCACCUCCACUGCCUUUCCCAGAACCCUCUGUGCUGUGUUGAGUCUUGCUGGGUGCUGGUGGGUUUGUAGCAGUGUGUGAUCUCCCCAGCUCUACUGCUGCUUCUCACUAAACCAAAGCAGCCGUGGGGCAGCUGGGCUAGAAGCCGUGAACUCUGGGGGCAAAACUAAGCGUGCCGAAGCAUCGCGCAGCACUGGGCUACCUGCACUGAGCCGGAGGCUCACGGCAGCGGUGGUAACUUUGCCAAAUAACUGACUCGGCUCCACUCUACUGGAGGAGUACAGCCUGUCCUGUGCCCAGAGCCUGUGUGUCACAGUGCUGUGUUGUUUUUGUGGUUGGGUACCAUACCUGAAUUUUAACUGUGGUACUAGUAAAAGCAGUUAUUCUGCCAAGGCCUGGCCCACUGGCUCAUGGCAGCAGCCAUGGGGUCUGAGGGCACAGAACAGGCAAACGUCGAAAAGGCUUGAAGAGUGCAGAAGAUGAUACAUGUGUGAGCAAACUAACCUGAGCAUGGUGUGUUCCUAUGAACUUCCAUUAAAAAGGCCCUUGGUUGAA